AGACGUGCCAUUCCAUGUCUUGGUCCGUUGCGUCAAUCCAGCUGUGGAUGUAACCUGGUGUCCUACUCUGGACGUGGGUCUUUGAAACAGAAUUCUCCGUCCGAAUGGUGAGCGUGAUAUGACCACCUCCUUGGUCCUGAAUCCUCGCUGGGCGGACACGGUUAUGUUUGUGUAUGAAAACAACUUGGAUGAGCUGAACAAGAACAUGGAGGGUCUGGUUGGUAGCGGCAAUUUCGCGGCCAACCAGUGCAGGAAUCUGAUGGCCCACUCCGCUCUGGGGGGUCACCCCUCUAGCCUGGUGCACAGCUCCGGCUACUCCGCGGUGGAUGUAUCGGGCUCAAGCUCCGGGGAACCAGGCAAACAGUGCACACCGUGCCCCGCGGUCCCUCAAGGCUCCUCCACAGGUCCCUUACCCUAUGGGUACUUUGGCAACGGCUAUUAUCCCUGCAGAAUGGGGCGGGGUUCGCUCAAGUCCUGCACACAGCCCAGCGCGCUCAGCUACUCUGCGGAAAAAUACAUGGACACCCCGGUCACGUCUGAAGAAUACCCGAGCCGAGCUAAAGAAUUCGCGUUCUACCACGGGUACCCAAGCCCCUACCAGUCCAUGGCGAGCUACCUGGACGUGUCGGUGGUGCAGACUCUCGGGGCAGGAGAGCCCCGCCACGACACGCUGCUUCCAAUGGACAGCUAUCAGCCGUGGGCACUGACGAAUGGCUGGGGCGGCCAGAUGUACUGCUCAAAGGACCAGAGUCAAGCCGGACACCUUUGGAAAUCUGCGUUGGCAGAUGUAGUGGCCCACCAACACGAUGGCAACUCCUUUCGUCGCGGUAGAAAGAAAAGGAUUCCGUACACCAAGGUGCAGCUAAAGGAACUGGAGAAAGAGUAUGCCGCCAACAAAUUCAUCACGAAAGAUAAGAGGAGAAAGAUUUCAGCAGGAACCAACUUGUCGGAAAGGCAGAUUACGAUCUGGUUUCAAAACAGGAGAGUUAAAGAGAAGAAGUUCGUGGCCAAAGUCAAGACCAGUGCGCCGUAGCCAGUCAGGCUUGACCUAGACGAUUUGGACGAGGGACAUUGUUUUUGCUGUAUGAACAAAAAAUGAAGGAAAGAAAACGUCGACGUGGUACCUUUUUUGGAUUGGGAUUUGGUGUGCUAUUUUGCUUGCGCAAUUGCAUCGCCAAUUCGUCUUUUGAAAAGAAGAAAUAAAACAAGAACCAAGCCCUCUAAAGACAAUGUUUUAGAGGCCUGUAAAUACAGCACUUGCCUGCUUUAAUGUAACACUUAAGUCUGCUUAACGGUUUAACUCGUGCUAUACAUGGAGGUAUAUAUAGGCUAUAUGUUAUGUAUGUCAAUGUUGUUACUGCAGUAGAAUAGGAAACGUAUUAUGCAAUCAUAUUCC